UGAUAUUAGCGCUCUCCUCACUUCACGAAAUGGGUUAUAUUCAUAGAGACGUCAAACCCGACAAUAUUUUACUCGAUUCUAAUGGACACAUAAGACUCGCUGACUUUGGUUCUUGUAUUAAGGUUUCAAAUGUGAAGACAGACGGCGUUUGUACGAUAGCUGUGGGAACGCCGGACUAUAUUUCGGUAUUUAAAUAAGAAAAUAAAUAAAUCAUUUACUUUAUACUCAUAUGAAGUCGACUGGUGGUCACUGGGAGUGGUUAUAUUUGAGUCGUUAUACGGCGAGACGCCUUUCUAUGCCGAAUCUCUCAUUGAAACCUACUCUAAGAUAAUGAAUCACAAACAUAGCUUUAAGUUCCCCGUCAACGCCAAAGUGACCGAUGAGGCCAAAGAUCUCAUUUCCAAUUUGAUUACUGACCAAACUUCACGGUUUAAGUGUUUGCAACAAUUCAAGUGUCACCUCUGGUUCACAGGAAUUAAUUGGGAUUCACUUCAAUCGAUGCGACCGCCAUAUCAGCCAACUGUUAGCGGACCCGAAGAUACAUCCAAUUUUGAUAUCGAGGAACUGAGACCACCCAAUAAUAACCCGAACACUGCCGGCGCAGGGCUUGCUUUGAAUUCAACCAAAGACUCAUUACUUAAUAUUCAUUUACCAUUCGUUGGAUUUACGGCCACUUUCACGACACCCGAAGAGAGACUUAAACAGAAAAAUAAGCAAACAUUAAAUAAAAGCAAUUGUGAACAAAACGGCGAUAAUUCAGUACUUGAUUCGUUGCCCCCAUUGCCUGAAACGGCUGCACCCGAUCUGAUUAGCGUACAAAAUGACUCGACUGAUGGAACUCAUGAUUUGGAUCGACGAUUAGUUCUCGAGACAGAGCUGAAGGACGCGCGACAAGAAUGGAGUGAAGUUUCCGCUCUUUUGGCUGAUAUGAAAAAAGAGAAAAAUUCCCUUUCAUUGAGAUUACGGGCGAAAGAAGAAGAACUCGAACAACAACUCGACAAAAACACUCAAUUAAGACAACAAUUGAGAAAUGCAGAGAAAGUGAAGCGACAACAGAUCGAUGACAUCGUUGCCCUUCAGACACAAUUAGACAAAGAGCAAGAGCUUAGACUCGAAGCUCAAAUGAUGACUAAAGAGUCUGAAGAAAGGGUUUUGUUGCUCGAAAGCCAGUCGUUUGAUUCAAAUCGAGUGCCAAUUAAUCAAAAUUUUGUUGAAAAAGAAGAAUAUUAUUUGGAAAGAAUAGCAGAAUUGGAACAACAGUUGGAUUUGCGACAAUCAGUGUUUAGGGAAGAGCCGAAUGAAGAGCAUAUAAACGAAUUGGAGCAACAGGUGCUUCAAUUGCAACAAUUGCAGCCCAAUUGGGAGCGACAGAUCAGCGAAAUCAUCGAUUGGGUCGGCAAUGAGAAGGAGGCGCGCAAUUAUCUGCAACAGAUGGCCGCCACUAUGACUAAAGAGCUCGAAAAACUUCAACUCCAACAACAGCAGUAUGUGUUGGCACAGAGAUAUUCACCACCGGUUCAGCCGUUUCUCACAACACAAAGCAAACAACAGAGUUGGCAGGAAAGGAGGUCCGCGCGCGUCGACAAACAGGAGUUACUUCAACUGCAACUCGAAUUGCAGAACGAGAUCGACGACAAACAGCGCAUACAAUUGGAUUUGCAAAGAAAAAUACAAGAACAGCAAAACAAACGCCAAUCCCUUCCACCCACUGCUGCCCCUAAUAUCCUGUUCUCACAGGAAUCCCGAUCUCCAGUCGACCAACAAAACCAAUUACAGAGUAUUGAAUCCGAUCUCGAGUCCAUGACUGAUACAUCUUCGAUAUCAGACGCACAGAGGUUUACCAGUUGUUCCCAACAAAAGCAUUCAUUUAUUGUCCGCACUUUUGUUGCGCCCCUUAAAUGCAAUCAUUGCACGUCUCUUAUGAUUGGUUUAGUCAGACAGGGAUUGGUUUGCGAAGUCUGUGGAUUUGCGUGUCAUGUGAACUGUAUGGGCACCGGUAGUCCGUGUCCUUGCGAUGACGGUUUGCAGAGACCGGUGGGAAUUGAUCCCAAGAACGGAAUCGGCACCGCUUACGAAGGUUAUGUGAAAAUACCGAAAGCUCGCGGAGGGGUUCGCAAGGGAUGGAUACGAAUGUUUGUUGUGGUUUGCGAUUUCAAGCUCUUCCUCUACGAUCUCAACUCCAAUAACGAGUCUUUGAGUUCGAGUUCCAGUUCUUAUAAUACAUCGGCUUUGAAUCAAGAGGGAAGUGGAAACCCACUCAACACAACACCAUUUGUUUCGGUCAACACACUAAUAGACAUGAGAGAUGAAUACUUCAGUGUGAGUGGAGUGCUUGAAAGUGAUGUGAUUCACGCCUCCCGUAAAGACAUUCCUUGCAUUUUCCGAGUGACCACUUCUAUGUUAGGAGACGACGGCUCUCAACGAUUCACACAACUUAUGUUAGUCGACAGAGAAAGUGAGAAAAACAAGUGGAUCGACGCUUUGCAUGAAUUACACCGAAUUAUUCGCCGAAAUAAACUCUCGAAUCGAAACCCUCUUCGUGUCCAUACAGUCCUAACGACUGUCCAAAUGAGUCCAUUAAGGCAUCACAAUAACAUUAAUUGUUGCCUUAUUAUUGAUGAAACGCGACUAUUGAUUGGUUGCGACGAUUGUCUUAUCUGUAGUGAUGUCGACAUCCCUUCAUAUCAUAGACUGACAAACUCUAAACGUAUUCAACAACUCUCUCACUCGGCGACCGAACAGUUGGUGAUAUCUUUAGCGGGAAAACAGAGACAAAUAAAAUUGAUUCCGAUUCGAGGCUUAGAUAACGAAAAUAUCGAAUGGAUUAAAAUACCGGAGACGAAGAACGCGACCACUUUUGCGUUGGUUUCUACGAAUACAACGAAUUAUAUCUGUGUUGCCAUUAAAAAGACUUUAAUUCUGUUUGAAAUCACGAGAAAGAAGUGUCGCUACUCUUUCUAUCGCGAGAUCCAAAUGCCACUAAAUAUUCAGACAUUAAAUGCUUGCAAAUCGAGUUCAAUAGCUGUGGGAACCGCUUCUAAUUUCGUUGUUUAUAAUCUCAAUCAACGAGAGUCACCGCCUCUUUAUUUAGUUAAUCAAGAAUGCAAUGAAUUGUCGUAUUUAAUUCAGAAUUCAAUCGACGCUCUUAUGUGUCAACCAAUCAAUGAUAAGGAAUGGAUAUUAAUAUUCUCUCAUUAUGGCGUUUAUGUCGACUCUCACGGCCGACGAACGCGUCCUUUUGAGCUCCAAUUCCCGACUCAACCCUUGUAUAUCUCCACUCUCUCGACGGCAUCCCAUUCUUCACUUCUGCUGUCAUUUUCAUCGACACAUAUCGAUGUUUACGACAUGACGUCAACGCAAUGGAUUCAGACAAUCAAUUUGAAAUCUACCCGUCCUUUACAAACACACGGACAACAAUCAUUAUUAUGUCUGACGAGUGCUUAUGACUUACCACUUAUGGUCCAAAUCGUGGCUUCAAAUAGAAAUGAUUGUCUUCUAAAAGUCGGAGGCGACUCCACGAAGUCGUUUACAUUGAGCGCCAAUUCAUCGAAUCAACGCUUUUCCCAAUUGGGGACCAAUAAUAGCGAAGUAACAAAAAAGAACUCUCGCAUCCAAAUCAGUGGUCCAUCAGAUUUCAGUCAUAUCUCCCAUUUGGGUCCCGGAAGCGGACCAUUCACUUCAAACUUAAUUGACUUAAGCCAUUCAAACUCUUCGGCACAAGUGAUGAGACAAUCGCGAGAAGAGCUGCCAACCACUCGACGUAGAGAUUCCACGUCUUCGAGUCAUUCUUCUUCGAGUCCUUUUAAAUAUUAAUUUGGAUUUAAUUUUUUGUUUUUAUUUAAUAUAUUGUUAUUAUUUAUUAUUUAUUUUACUGUUUGUUUGAAUUUAUUUGC